UUUUUUUUUUUUUCUUGUUUUACUUAGGAGCCCUGGCAUAUGCUGAACUAGGCACAAUGAAUACAUCGUCUGGUGCGGAAUGGGCAUAUUUCAUGGAUGCGUAUGGACCUGCUCCUGCUUUUUUAUUUUCAUGGGUAUCCACAUUGGUGUUGAAGCCAUCUCAAAUGGCUAUAAUAUGCUUAUCAUUUGCACAGUACGCUGUUGAGGCUUUUGUGACAGAAUGUGAUCCGCCAGGAGGCGUUGUAAAAAUGGUUGCACUAGUGGCAAUAGUGAUGAUAUUGUUUGUGAAUUGCUACAGUGUUAAUUUGGGAAUGGCCGUGCAGAAUGUCUUUACGGCUGCAAAAUUGGUAGCUGUUGUUAUUGUGAUAUGCGGCGGCACUUGGAAACUAUUUGAAGGAAACACGCAGCAUCUAUCGAAUGCAUUUAAUGGGCCAAUGCCAAAUAUUGGCGCUAUCGCAACCGCAUUUUACACGGGCCUUUGGGCAUAUGAUGGUUGGAAUAAUUUGAACUAUGUUACCGAGGAGAUUAAGAAUCCCAGUAAAAACUUACCGCGAUCUAUUAUUAUUGGCAUACCACUGGUUACUCUCUGCUACGCGCUAAUCAACAUCUCCUAUCUGGCAGCUAUGUCAGCGCAAGAAAUGAUCGAAUCCGAGGCGGUUGCUGUAACCUUUGGCAAUCGCAUUUUAGGCGCCCUUGCCUGGCUAAUGCCACUCAGUGUCACUGUCAGCACAUUUGGAAGUGCUAAUGGUACGCUCUUUGCCGCAGGACGUCUUUGCUUUGCAGCAAGUCGAGAGGGUCAUUUGCUUGAUAUCUUAUCAUAUGUACAUGUGCGACGUUUGACUCCUGCUCCUGGCCUUAUAUUCCACUCCUUAAUUGCAUCAGCAAUGGUGCUGCAUGGUACAAUUGAUUCUCUGAUUGAUUUCUUCAGUUUUACCGCAUGGAUAUUCUAUGGCGGCGCCAUGUUGGCACUGAUCGUAAUGCGCUACACUAAACCCAACCAUCCUCGACCAUACAAAGUACCAAUCAUUAUACCAGUUGUGGUUUUGGUAAUAUCGGUGUACCUUGUAGCGGCGCCAAUUUUCGAAACUCCCCGUAUUGAAUAUUUAUAUGCUUUACUUUUCAUUUUUGCGGGACUGAUAUUUUACGUCCCUUUUGUCAAGUUAGGAAUGACUCCACGUUUUAUGAGUAAGUAUAAAUAAGGUAACUCUCUUUUUUCAGCUGCUACUGGAAGUUGUUCCAACAUCAUCAAUGGCCAUGUUUGAAUAAACAUA